AUGAAAACAUUUGCUAAAAAAGAAGAAGUAGACAUAGGGGUUUUCACUCUUUCAUCUCAUAGACUUCAAAGUCUCUACAACUCGGAAGCACUCCAAGAUCAAGUAAGCAUAAUACACCUAGAAGACAAGUAUAGACACACCGUAGAAAAUUUACAAACUAAGAGCCAUUUAUUAAAGGUCGGAAAUGCCUCGAUCGAAACUGGAAUAUAA